AUCCCUAACGAUGACAUUCGCAAUAGAAUGCAUACGCGAGAUAUGCAGAGAUAUAGACGCACUUCAUUCAGAGCAAUCCCUGAUUGAUAUCUGUAACACGAUAAAGAUUGAGGAGAAAAUAGAGAAGUUGGAUGGUCAGCCAGAUGUUAUCAGCUCACAGGAGAUCACAUUAAGUGCCAUAGAGGAUCUACUUUUUGCGUUUAAGAAACUUUCUGCUGCGUAUGACGACGACCUUCUAGAUUUGGAUAGCGAUGCGCAGAUUAGAAUGAUAAAUUUACUAUGUAGAGCAGCAUCUAUAUCCAUGAGAGCGACAUGCAAGCUCAACGUUGAUCCGCUAUCUUUCUUCUCAACGGCGUCAUCACUCACAACGACGGCUUAUCUACUAGGUGGCAGCGAUAGUAGCAGGCAAACAGUCAACGCAUUAGCAUUACAAUCACUCGACCUUCAGAAAACUCAUGCCAUAGUAGAAGGAAUGGUAGGACAUGAUAUGGCUCUCCUCAGACCCAUCGAAGUAUCUAAGGUGCUCCUGGAUUAUGCUAAGGAACUAAAGCAGGACCAAUACCACAGCUUUGUUAUUUCUAUUUCGCAGCACACACCCACAAUUGUCAACCUCCUCGCUUUAGCAAAUCAUUCAAUAAUUGGACAAGAUUUGACAGCAUUCCUAAUCGACAUUGAUCAUUUGCACAUAGUGAAUGAUUGGGCAGCUGAGGCGAAAAUGCAAAUCCAAAGUACAGCAAAGACAGUCGGUGCUGAAAGGCUAAAUCACCUCAUUAAGGCUAGCAUCCUCAAUCAGUUCUUUGUUGAGCACACAGGUACAACGUUGGAAGCUGAAAAAGCGACUCUACCCGCGAAGUCGUCUGAGUUACCAGUCAUCGAUGCUCCUGACUGGUUUAAAGAGCAAUCAGCCAAGUUUGCCUCAACGCAGAAGGUCUACUCAAGCAAUGAAUUCAGGACACUUAGGAUGGCGGCACAGGGUAUACGGGCUCCUAGCAAACAUGUCGACUCAUUUGAAUAGAUGUUUAAUAGAGAUAAGGUAGCGUGUAUACAGGAUUUACAUUCAAUAAUACAAAAAGGUAAUUAGAGUUAAAUAUUUUUAUAUCGCGAAGAGUAAAUUGGAGGUAUAGAAGUAUACAAGACUCGUUUGAGCCUUUUUUAUAUGAUACCCGAGAUGUUAGUGUACGAUUCUCUAUCACGUUGUAACUUCAGCAAAACUAUGAUAGAAAUGAACAUAAAUGAAAGGCUCUCGUUGCUCAAAUGUGGUGCAAACAAUCUGAGAACGCCAUGUUUUGUAAAUGAACGAGUGUUUAGUUCGAAAGAAGCCAAGGCAAGUUUGCUCCUGUCAUCUAUGAUUGUGAUAGUUUUAUUGUCAAUUACUGGCCUACAUGGUGUGCCAUCUACUAGGGUGAACGAUGACUUUCUAUCGACGAUGAUCACCGGGCAGUCUUUUAUGAUUAGUGUGGUAUAAUAUGCUUUCUUCUUUUCUGCAUGCCUCGCAGUAGCGAUACACUUCUUCUCGUCAUUAUACAAAUCGACCUUAUUACCCUGGAAUAUCACAUUCAUUACCGGUUCAUCAUGUUUCUUUAUUUUGCUCAGACUCGUUCCGUUAUAAAUCUUGAAAUUGUCUUCCCCUGACCUCUGGAAAACGAAUGCACCCGAAGGGUUUACAGACGAAGUACCACUGCCUGUGCUCGACGAGCUCAUAGACGAUAAAAACGACGUGGUCAUGGC